UUUACGGCACGGUCUGGAACGGCCGCCACACCUUUGACGUCAGGUCUGCAGGAGCCGGCAUGCGAGAUAAGGUGCGUAAGCAACCUUUGGCAUUCCAAAACUAAGUUCUUCCUCUCCAGCGAUCCCCCCAUACCGGGGUGAUCCAAAACUGACAUGAAGGGGGCGGCGUUCGAUCUUCGGGACGGUUACGAUGUUUCCCCGCUCACCCAAGUUUGUAAUCACUUGCAGGGCCAGGUCGAUAUUUGAGAUUAUCUUUCUCGGGAUGGAAUAUAUAAGAUCUGGGCGCCAUGGCUGCUUAGAUUGAAUUGAACGACAUUGGUCAACACAUAUCAUCCCAAUCAAACCAAAAAUUUCAGCUGUCCUAGACUCUAAACAGUUCAACAUGGUUGCCAUAGACGACAAGACCACGGCCACCUUCAUCCCCCUCUCCGGCGUUGCCGAAGACGGCUGGUCCACGGAAGACGAGGCCACGGCGACCUGCCUCUGCGGUACGGUCCAACUCGUUUUUCCCACCCAAGGACCCGGCCUCGUCGACCGCUUCCUCUGCCACUGCGCAGACUGCCGCAAGAUCUCGUCCUCCAUGUUCUGCUCCAACUUCACCGUCGCCGACAGCCACCUGCGGCACGUGCGCGGCAAGGAGGACAUCAAAGUCUUCAGCCAGUCGCGCACCAUCGCCACGGGCAACGACAUGGCCAACCACUUCUGCGGCAACUGCGGCACGCUUCUGUACCGCGUCAGCUCGGGGCUGCCGGGGAUGAGCAUCCUGCGCAUCGGCACCGUCGACGACUUCCGGCUCGCCGAGACCAAGUUGAAGCCGCAGGUGGAACAGUUCGUCGGCACGCGCGCGGCUUGGCUGACGCCGCUGGAUGGGGUGAUGCAGAUGGAAAGGAUGCAUACUCAGGAGGAUAUUGAUAGCCUUCACAAAUAAAGAUUGGUGAUAA